UGUCACUGUCAAUAUAGCUUGUCCGUUGUCGUUUUUUCGUUUAAAUUGUCCUAAACAACACAUAGCGUUGUAUAAAUUGUAUCAAAUAUUUACAUUCUAGGAUAGGUAAAUAAUGCAAAAAAUGAAAAAGAAGAGGGUGGAAGAAGAGCCCAUGGAGGUGGACGAAAAUUCUGUGCCUAAUCAUAAUGGUGAACCAAGCGGUAGUAACGGUCAUGUGAAUGGAGAUAUAGAUCACAUUUCUGAUGAUGAAGAAGGUGGUGUUCGCAUUGGAGACAUAUACAUUCCACCAGCGCCUAAACCGGCACUUACUUUCGAUGCUAAUGGUCCAAGAUUAAUAAUAACUCGUAUUGUAAACGAAAACUUUAAAAGUUACGCGGGAGUACAAAUUUUGGGCCCAUUCCAUAAGAGUUUCACUGCAAUAAUUGGGCCAAAUGGAAGUGGUAAGAGCAAUGUGAUUGAUUCUAUGCUCUUUGUUUUUGGUUACCGAGCCACAAAGAUUCGAUCAAAGAAGAUCUCAGUACUGAUUCACUCAUCCAAUAAGUUCUCCAAUAUAGCAAGUGCCAGUGUUGCGGUACACUUCUGUCAGAUUAUUGAUGGGGAAGGUGAAGAUUUCACAGUGGUGCCCAAUAGUGAAAUAGUCGUGUCUAGAACAGCGUUCAAAGACAACUCCUCGUACUACACUCUGAAUGGACGCAGGGUUCAGUUCAAAGAAGUCGCUAAAAUGUUGCGCUCGCACGGAAUCGAUUUGGAUCAUAAUCGAUUUUUAAUAUUACAGGGCGAGGUGGAGCAGAUCGCAAUGAUGAAGCCCAAGGGUCAGUCGGAACAUGAGUCUGGAAUGCUAGAGUAUUUAGAAGACAUCAUAGGCACUUCCCGGUAUAAGGAACCCAUAGAACAGCUAUCGGUGAAAGUUGAAGAAUACAGUGAGAUGAGAAAAGAGAAGUUGAACAGAGUACGACUGGUCGAAGCUGAGAAGUUGAAGCUGGAACAGCCGAUGAGAGAAGCUGUGGAACAGAUGAUAUUAACGAACACGGUGCAUCGGACGAGGAAUAUGUUACUGCAGAAGUAUAUACAUGAAACUAAUAAAAUUAUUGAAUCCAAGAAAAAAGAUUUAGAUGAAUUGAAAGAGAAUUUAGCCGCGAUCGAUGGUAAAUUGAUACAAGUGCAGACUUUACUGAAGGAAAAGUCUGAUAUCUAUCAAACUGGCAUGCAAAAAUACAAUACAAUGCAGAGUAAAAAGGAUGAAUUAACAGAAAAACUGCAGAGUUACAAGAAGAGGACUGUGUCAGUGCAGGCGGACCUCACGCAGGCCAACAAGAAGAAGAAAAAUCUAGAACAACUGCUGGAGACUGAGAGAGGGAAACUUAUUGAGUUGGAAUUGAUCCCAGAAAAAAAUAGAAAAGAAAUAGAAGAUUGCGAAGGUUUGCUUGAAAGACACACUGAGAAUAAAAGAUUGGCUGAUGAAGAGUUGGGACAAGAGAUGGUUGGAGUCAGAGAAAAGACCCAAGAAUUCCAAGAAAUCAAAGACAGAUUACAAGCGAGACUAAUCGAUCUGAAGAAAAUCGUCGACGAAUCUACAAAUAAUUACAAACUUGCUGAAUCCGCGCUGAAAAUAUAUUUGAGUACAGAAGAAAAGGAAAAUGAGAAAUUGCAACGAAUGAAAGAUGCUUACGAAAAAGCUGUACAAGGUGUACAAGAAAAGGAAACAUCUCUAAAUGAUUUAGCUACGUCAGUGCCUGAUAAUGAAAGACAAUUACGUGAUGCAAAGAAAAAAUUUGAAGAAUUGAAGAAAGAGGAUACGAAACUUUCACAAGAAGCAAGAUCUUUAAGAGCACAAUUGGAAGAAUCUCGUCAAGCAAUGAACGCGAAUAGAUCUAAGGGUAGAGUUUUAGAUUCUUUGAUGAGUGAAAAGAGGAGCGGCAGAUUGCCCGGGAUAUUUGGUAGACUGGGUGAUUUGGGCGGUAUUGAUGUUAAAUACGAUAUCGCUAUAUCAACAUGUUGCGGUGCUCUCGACAACAUUGUUGUGGACACAGUGGAAACUGCACAGAGUUGUGUUGAGUUUCUAAGGAACAAUGACGUAGGACGAGCUACUUUUAUAGCUUUGGAUAAACAACGACACCUCAUACAGCAGUACGAGAGACGGAUGACUUAUCCCGAGAACGCGCCUCGUCUCUUCGACCUCAUCCAAGUGCGUGACGAGCGCGUGUUGCCCGCGUUCUACUUCGCGUUACGCGACACUCUGGUCGCCAACAACCUGGAGCAGGCCUCGCGUAUCGCGUACGGACAAGUGCGGUAUAGAGUCGUCACACUCAAGGGAGAUGUUAUUGAAAUCGCUGGUACGAUGUCGGGCGGAGGGCGGUCGGCGAUGCGCGGGCGCAUGUCCAGCUCGGUGCAGCAGGACACCAGCGAGCAAGACCCCCGCGUGCUGCAGCAGACUGAAGAAAAACUGACUGCCCUGGAGAACAGAUUAUCUAAUCUAAGAGAAGAACAAGUUGUGAUGGAAGAGAAUAUAAUAUCACUGCAGAGAAGAACUGAAGAGGGCAAGACGACACUGAACAAAUUACGCAUUGAAGUUAAUAGUUUGAAGGAACAAAUACCUGUUUUAAAGAGACAAAUUAAAGAACAAGAACGCAAAGCAGUUGCGAGUAGAGUGGACCAGAGAGAGAAAGAGAGAUUGGAGACUGUUCUCAAUGACGCUAAGGAGAAAAUGGAGAAAGCGAAAUUUGAUGCGGGAGAAGUGGAAAAGGAGGUGCACGGUGUAGAUGCUCAGAUAGCGUCAGUAGCUGGCAAUAAGGUGAAGAACUUGCAGAAUAUAGUCGAUGAUUUGAGCAAGAAGAUAAAUAAAAUCGGCGCUGAAAUAUCCAAGCUGAAAGUCGCUAUUAAUGCUAGCAUAAGAAACGCUAAAAAGUCAAAAGAUAAAAUAAAUCAAAUGCAAGCAGAUUUGGAGGAAACUGAACGAAAUAUAACGAGAUUAAGUGAACAGAAGAGAACACUUACAAUAGAAAAUAAAGAAUUACAGCAGAAAUUAGAUGAGAUUACAGAGGAAAUAAAUGAAGGUUCAGGAGAAUUUUCUAGUAUAAAGAAAGAAAUAGCAUCACUACAAGAGAAGGAGAACAAACUGAAGGGAGAAAGACUGGACGCUGAUAAUAAUGUCAGCAAAAUGGAAAAGUCCGUAGAAGAUGCUGCCAGUAAAAUACCUUUGUGGGAGAAAGAGCUGUCAUCAAUAAAGUUAGAAGACCCGUGUGUGGAGGGAGUGCCGGGCAUUGAGCGGCCUGACCCACUGGUGCGACACACACACGAGGAGCUGGAGGAGUGCUCAGUAGACGAGCUGCGGAACAGGCUCAAGGCGCAGAAGACCAGGCUGGGGGAUGCCAAACCUAACAUACAAGCUAUUCAAGAUUAUAAGACCAAAGAGGAAUUAUAUUUGAAAAGGGCGGCCGAGUUAGAUGAGAUCACUACGAAGAGGAAUGAAAUGCGAGCUCUGUACGAUCAGCUGAGGAAGAAACGAACUACAGAUUUCCUUUGUGGUUUUACAACAAUAACAACAAAACUUAAGGAAAUGUAUCAAAUGAUAACAUUGGGCGGUGAUGCUGAAUUAGAACUCGUGGAUUCAUUGGAUCCUUUUACUGAAGGAAUUAUCUUCAGUGUGCGUCCGCCGAGUAAGUCUUGGAAGAAUAUAUCGAACCUGUCAGGUGGUGAGAAGACGUUGUCUUCUCUCGCGCUGGUGUUUGCUCUGCACUACUAUCGCCCCACUCCUCUUUACGUCAUGGACGAAAUCGACGCCGCACUCGAUUUCAAGAAUGUCUCCAUUGUUGCUAAUUAUAUUAAGGAAAGAACGAGAAAUGCACAGUUCAUAAUAAUAUCGUUACGAUACAAUAUGUUCGAGGCUUCAAAUCGUCUGGUCGGCAUUUACAAGACUGAGGACUGCACAAAAUCUGUCACCAUAGAGAAUAAAGUACCGGAUCUGCCGAUCGGUGACGCCGCCGCAUAACUUAAAACAUUCACCUAAUAUAAUGUAAGUUACCGAUCAAUUGUGAACUUCGU